AUGAAAAUGAAUCAAUUGACAUCUCAAUUUGCUGAGCUAUCACAAACAAUUAAUGAUAAACUUGAGAAUAAUGCAUCUCAUACUCUAAAAAAUAUUAAGUAAGUUCUAAUUUAUAUUAAUAGUUUUUUUAUGCUUAAAAAUUGAAUGAUGUUGACAGUUAAAGAAAUAUUUAUUUUAGAAGCAUGUUUUUUGAGAACUCACAGCCUGAUUCAAAUAAUACACCUAAAACUCAUGUCUCAGGUGGAUAUAUUGCUUGUGAGAAAUUUAAAUUUGUAUUAAUUUGUCAAAUAUACCUGUGUUUAAUUUAGAUCAACUAAAAAUGUAAAUUGAAAGAAUCAAAAUCAAAAAUUAAUCUGUUCUUGCAAUGAUGUACAGUUUGAAGAUUAUUAUUAUUAUUGUAUUUAAUUAUAGGUAAUUGCUUAUUGUUAAAUUAUAUUAUUGUGGUUUUAAACAUUACAGAAUUUAACUGAUGACUAA